AUGGCGGAGGUCAAACACGAGGUUUUUCCGUCUCAAAGUCCACUUCAAGAGGAUUACAGUAAAGGCGAUGUGACCACUGCAGAGGAAGGUGGUCUAUCUGACCCCAAUCAUGUCAAUCUUCACCGCGCGCUCAAGGCACGCCACAUUACGAUGAUUGCCAUCGGAGGUGCCAUCGGUACAGGACUGAUUAUCGGAACCGGCGAAGCUCUCGCGAAGGCUGGACCCGCUGCUAUUUUGAUUGCCUAUGCCUGGGUGGGAUUUAUCGUUUACCUCGUGAUGUGCGCGCUUGGAGAAAUGGCCGCUUGGCUUCCACUGCCAUCUGGUUUCACAGGAUAUGCGGUGCGAUUCUGUGAUCCUGCGCUUGGAUUUACUUUGGGAUGGACAUAUUGGUUUAAGUAUAUCAUCCUUUCACCGAAUCAACUCACAGCUGGUGCCCUUGUCAUAUCAUACUGGAUACCUGCAGAAAAGGUCAAUCCGGGUGUGUGGAUUACUAUCUUCUUGAUCGCCAUCAUCUGUAUCAACUACUUCGGAGUCCGCUUCUUCGGCGAGUUCGAAUUCUGGCUUUCCUCCUUCAAAGUGAUUGUCAUCCUGGGUAUCAUUCUCCUUUCGUUCAUUCUCAUGUUGGGCGGAGGUCCGGAUCAUGACCGCAAGGGGUUCCGGUACUGGAAGAGUCCUGGAGCUUUUAACACAUACAUUGAAACCGGAGACGCAGGACGAUUCUUGGCCUUUUGGUCUUCGAUGGUAUCCGCUACCUUUGCUUACCUUGGAACCGAGUUGGUUGGUGUGACUGUCGGUGAAGCACAGAACCCCCGGCGGACAAUUCCACGAGCGAUCAAGUUGACUUUCUGGCGAAUCUUGGUCUUCUAUGUGCUGUCAGUUCUCCUCGUCGGUACCCUGGUUCCUUUCAACGACAAGAAGCUCGCUUUCGCCAUCGGCGCCAGUAGCUCAGCUGCCGCAUCGCCAUUCGUUGUGGCUAUCGAGCUGUCUGGUAUCCCAGUGCUCUCUCACAUCAUCAACGCAUGCAUCCUGCUGUUUGUGUUCUCCGCUGCAAACUCGGAUCUUUACAUCGCAACUCGCACGAUAUAUGGUCUGGCCCGCGAGAACAAGGCUCCCAAGAUACUUGCUCGGACUGAUCGCCGUGGAGUACCUGUCUUUGCCCUGGGGAUUUCCGCGAUAUUCGCACUACUUGCCUAUAUGAAUGUCACAAGUGACUCCAAGGUGGUCUUCAAAUACUUCGUCAAUCUCGUCACGAUCUUCGGUCUGCUCACCUGGAUUUCGAUCCUGGUGACCCACAUCUGCUUCGUGCGGGCCCGAAAGGCACAGAAUGUCCCGGUUGAAAGCUUAGCAUAUGUUGCGCCUCUGGGCGUGGCUGGCUCUUAUGUUGCUCUGGGCUUCUGCAUCAUCAUUGCCUUGACCAAAAACUAUGAUGUCUUCACGCACAACAAGAAGUGGGGUAACUUCGAUUACAAGAACUUUAUUACGGCUUAUCUCGGCAUUCCGCUUUACCUGAUCAUGCUUACUGGAUACAAGCUUAUCACCAAGUGUAAGCGUGUUGAUCCUGCAACGGCGGACUUGUGGACUGGGAAGGAUGAAAUUGACCGCGAGGAGGCUGCGUACAUUGCGAAGAGAGAGGCCGAGACUGAGAAACAUGCUCAGUCACACUGGUUCUACCAGAAGUUUGUGUCAUGGCUGUUCUGA